AUGAAAAGUCAAGUGGGGUCGAUACAUUUGAAAGUUUAUCAGAGGUUUUUCGUUGUUUCAUUUGCAUGGAAAGCUAAACAAUGCCCGUUUGUGCCCACAUUGCUCAAAACUUGUUGUUACAAAUGCAUUAGAAAAUGGAUUACAGAAACGCGGUCUCAAUGCCCUCAUUGCCGUGCAUCAUUACAUAUUUAUGAGCUGAUUAAUUGUCGCUGGGCUGAUGAAGUCACUCAACAGUUGGAUAAUCUGCAAUCACAAGCGACUUCAUCUAGGUCUAGUGGUCAAGGUGAUCACGUAGUUGCAUCAGUCAAUGCUACAGUGACAUCUAAUGUUGAUCUUUGUGAACUACACAAUGAACGUUUAUCUGUAUUUUGUUCAACGUGUGAUUUUUCAAUUUGUCAUCAGUGUGCAUUAUUUGAUAAUAAACAUGAACAGCAUUCAUUUCGUCCAUUAGAAGAAGUCUACAAUGAACAUGUUAAGCAAAUUAAAAAUGAAAUGGAUCAAUUAAAACGUAGACAUUUAGAAUUAAUAUCAUUAUUUCAAGAUGUUGAAAAAAAUGUGCAAGCUGUUAAACAAGCUAAAGAAGAACGCGUAAGAGAAUUACGCAAUGCUGUUGAACUGAUGGUGGCUCGGUUGGAUUCACAAUUAAAAUCAAAAUUAGUCACUUUGAUGAGUCAACGUAGUCAAUUAUUCCAAGAAAUUGAAUUGCUAGAAACACUUUUACAAGAUGUUCAGUCUGAAUUAGAUGUUGCUACUCGAUCUGAAAUGAUAACAAAAUCGUCUGAAAUUUUGUCAAUGUUCAAUGAAGUGCACUGUAAACCAAUGGCUUCACUUGUCAGUGCACCGAUACCAGCUGAUUUUGUAAGUGAAAUUGUUCCUCCGUAUGAAUCAAGUACAUUUACUCUUCAACCGUAUUCAAUAAUGAACAACGAGCUGAUCCUGUGUAUAGUCAACCACUCCACGUAUGAAUAUCGUGUUGAAAUGGUCCAUCAGGUAUCCCGUGAUCCCAGUCGUAAUAUUGUACGUGAAUUUGCCUCACAUUUUGAAGUUGGUGAAUGUUGGGGUUAUAAUCGAUUCUUUCGUUUGGACUUAUUAGUUAGUGAAGUUUCAGGUAAGAGCACCUACAUACUUCAAAAAUGUCGAGAUCAAAACUGGCAUAUUUCACAGCUUGAAGCAAAUCAAGGUCAUUGUUUUGCACAAUUAGCUGAGUUAAAAGAACGUUUAUCUAUUGAAGUUGCUAGACAAGCGAAUUCUACUGCUACUAUCAAUUCAGCUGUUGUUGCUAGUUCAUCUACUACCACGAAUACUGCUGUUGUUUGCCGUGAGUCCGAAACGUUAGUAGAUUCAUUGGUAGUAAAAUCACCAACAACUAGUAUUCUACCUGAUCCUAAUACAAGCAUGUCUGUUUCUAUGCUGCCAUGCUCGCAUUCUUCAAGUGGUCAGUCAACAUCAGUAACUCCUCAACCAUCAUCUCGACCAUAUUCACUCAAUGAAGAUGAUAACAGAAAUCAACGAUGGAUCAGUAACGCUCGAGGUGAACAAAAUCAUAUUAUAUCUAUACAAGAAAUAGUAACAACAAAUGAAUGUUGUACACAAGUUGAAGAUAUUGUAAAUCCUAAUGGUAAUAAUAAUAGUUGUAAUACUGAAAAUAUGAAUACAACUCCUGUUUGGCAAGAAGCAGCAAAUAUGCCUGUUUCAAAUAACUCAGCCCACAUUGAGAGUCAUGCAUCAGUAGUGUCAUCAUUAUUGCAUAAUCAGAAUGAGAAUGUAGUCAGUGAAGAGGAUGAGGAUAAUUCGAUUCGUGUCAACACACUGAGUCCAAGAGUUGUAGAUUGUGAAAAUGAAUUCAACCGACAGCCGACAACUUUACAGCCUAAUCGAAGUACACAAUUUUCCGUUGGUGUAUCCGAACCAAUAUUAAACUUUAUUCUCACAACAAACCAACCAAUGAAUUCUUCAAUUCUAUCAAGUUUAGAUAUGAGUCAAUUAACUGCUUCAUAUAAUAGUGAAGAUGCAUUAUCAACUAAUUCACCAAGAUAUUUAAAUAUUAACCCCAACAAUCAUUGCAUAGGUUUAAUCAACAUAAUCAACGUCAAGUGGAUGUUGAUAUGGAAAUCAAGCGAUGCAGAAAAUAGUUUAGUUGAAGAGUUCAGUGACGAGGAACAUAUUAGACAACGAGAUGAAAUCAAUGAAUAUGAUAUGAUAUCACAGACGACGUCAGAGAUUCUUUCUGAUCAUGAAAGUUUUCGUUCAAGUAUUGAUUCUAAUUUAUUAUCAUUACGACAACAACAACCACGACAGACUAAAUUCUCUAACAAAGCUACCAAUUCAUUAAAUAUUUUAGGUUAUGUCGGAGACUGUAAAAAUAGUAACAACUCUAAUAAUAAUCAUAUUCAUAAAAGAAAACUAACUAUCUCGUCUAUACCACUGGUAGAUUAUGAAAAUAAUUUUAAUGAUGGCGAUAAUAUGCAUGGUCCAGGUGGCGGUGAACUAAGCUAUGAUUAUGAAUACCUUUCUACUAGGAAUACUCUUGAAGAACUCUUAAAACUACCUGAUCCACGGCCUAGUUCAUUAACCAGUCGUCCAAGUGAACUGAUGACAAGUAAUACCUCUGCCAACAACAGUAAUAGUAAUAAUAAUGGUAAGCGUAAGAUAAACCAGCUGUCACAUCAUCCAUUGUGGUUUAAAUUCUCUUCUUCUGCCAGUAGUAAUAGUAGGCCUCGAUUACCAUUGAAUCAAGCGUCAACAAGUCGAUCCAAUCAAAAUUCUUGUCUGAUUGAAGAAAGACUGAAACAAUUGAAGUGUAAUUCUGCUGAACACCAAAAGUUAUCAUCAACUGUGCUACCACAUGUAGAUGAUAUCAUACAGAAUACGUGUACCUCUGAUCAAGAAUGUUCACCUAGAUCAGUUGUUAGUGAACAGUUGAAUAAUAGAUUGUUAAAGGCGUUUUCGGAAUCCCAUGAUCCACAAUCUCCUAAUUUUCAAUCUGUGUCAAAUGUUGAAUCGCGUUGGCGAAGAAGCAUAUCUAGAGAUGCUAAUGCUUGCAGUGAUAAUACCUUGCUUCAUCCUAAAUUAUGUGCUUCAUCCUCUUCCCCGUUAUCAUCUCAUUCGUCAUCACAUGGGAAGACGAUAUCAGAAAGUUGUUUGUCUAAGAACAAGAAUUUGAAAGUUUUAUCUAAUCAUCAUCUUACCGAUCUAAAUCAUAAACGACAACAACAGCAGCAACAUUGUCAUCAUCUACAACAGUCCCAACAACAACAGAAUUUUAGCAGUUCAAGACAACUGCCUUAUUGUCAUAAAGAAGAUGGUACUGAUAAAUGUGGUCAUUCAUUAUCACUGCUGGCUGGUUCGAUUGCAUCAUCCACUGCAAAUGUUCCGGCUAUUUGUCCUUCAUCGUCACUAUUAUCUUCAUCGACAUCUAGGCAGUCGAGUCAGAUAACUAAAAAUAAUCUUGAAAAAGAGUUGCUAAUUAAUUCAGCCCUUCCAAUCGCUGGUAAUAAAGAUGAAAUUAGGAAUAAAAUAACGCAAAACAAUAAUUCUGGUCCUUUAUCUUUUGUUGAUUCAGCUAACAAGUGUGUUGCAUCGACAUCGACGACAACAACAUCACUGAAAUGUCCUAAUCUCCUACUCUUAGAUCAACUAUGCAGUCUUUCAUCAACAAAUGACUCAAUAACAACAGCACAUAUCAUAAAAAAUACAGUUCAAAAUUUAGAAAAUGAUAUUGAUGAAGAGACAAUGACGGGAGAUCGUGAUGUAAGUGAACAUAUAUUAAAUAAUCGUCGUUUAUGGGAAGAUACAAAUCUUACCACUGGAACAAUCAAUGAUAGCAAUAGUAAACCGUCUAGUUCUUCGCUAUUAAAUAAUCAUGAGAAUCGAAACUUUGAUCAAUCUAAGCUUUCACCUAAUUCACCACGUUCAACACCUAAACCAUUUGGUAUAAACAUAAAUGAGUUGGAUUUUAAUAAUACUAAAAAGUCUAAUCUAUCGACAACCAGUGAUACCGCAACGCGUAAAAAUAUCAAAUUACAAGAAGAGAUCAAUCCUCGUACAAUGUGCAAUAGAUUAUGUUUUCAAGCAAAACGUAUUCAUGAUGCCUUAGAAUCUGGUAAAUUUGGAAAACCGAAUCAUGGAUCAGCAGUUAUGCACAAUUCGAAUUCAGGUAAUAUAUUUCAACGUCAAGAUGAGACGUCAAAUACACCCCUAAGACUUGAUUCUGUGAAUACCGGUGAAGCUAUACCAAGCCAUUCAGGCUUAAAUUCUCCUCAUUCAAUUGGUAUUUCAGGUAGUGCUGAGUCGCAAAAGUUAUCUACACAAUAUGCAUUUACUGAACAAUCAAAUCUUAUGAUGGAACCUGAUUAUGUGGUAACUCAAACAAAUGAUAUAUCAGAACCAGCAGAUUUAAGCUUAGCUAUGCUAUGCCAUAGAAUAAGUCGUUUACAAACAGAGGCUGAAGCUGUUGCUAAAGCAAUAUCAGUCAAUGGUUCUAUAAGAAAUAAGCAAUCAACAAAUUCCCCUACAUCGAACCAACAUUGUUGCAGUAGUAAUAUUUUGACAACACAUGAAGAACGAUCAACAAUAACUGAUCUCCAUGCUAUUUCAAACAGUUUCGACAAUAGUAAUAGUGGUACUGAUAAAAUAUACGAAGAUAAUCUACAACAGUUGUCGACAAAAUCUGAUGAACAAAGUGGACAUACUGUCAAGUCGACCAGAAAAAUAAAAUUGACAGUUAGCUUCUAGGAUUUGAUCGCUGAGAAGUCUCUCCGCUGAAGUACUUCUGCCAUGUCCUGAUACGUAACCUUCAAACAUUGGGAAGUAUUUCUCGCUGACUUUCAGCCUGUGUGCUGUUUUUCAGUUUCAACCAUUAUCAAUUUGAUACAAUUAGUCUCUCUUAUGCAUUUGGAUGUAAAAGGCCU